CAUUGAGAGAAGAAAUCAGAGGUUGUUAUGCUCCAAAGAUGAGUUCCUUAGCAGACAUUUUUGCUUCUAAUAAUAGAAUUCUUACUCGAAUACAUAGGGACUGGCAGAGUGAGCAUGAAAGAUGGCACCAACUCUACCUUGGACCUUUUGAUGGGAUUCUUAGUAGCAGCUUGACCUGUCAGAGUUGCUCAUCCCAGAUCUCAAUUAACUUGGAACAAUUUAAUUGUUUGCCUCUUUCACCUGUACUUAGUGGUUCCACCCUGAUAUUUGGAUGUGCACUGCUGGAUUGUCUGAAGUAAUUCAUUGUUGCUGAGCAUGUUGAGAACUAUCACUGCCACUACUGUUGGCAUAAUGCUGCGAUCAAGUAUCUUUCAUUAAUGGAAUGAAAUGAGGUAAUUA